AUUAAAACUUUUAUGUGACGAUAAAAGAUUACAGAUAGAUACCCUGUCUCAAACUCUUGCUGAUUCAGAGAAUCGUUUUAUAAUGCAUGAUACUGAGUACAAGUCUCUCACAGCAUGCAUCAACAAACAAAACAAGCACUGCAUGAUUGACAUUCAGAAAUUACAAACUCAAUUGGCUGAAAAUAAAAUGACCUUUGCCCAGCAUGAAUCAGACUUAAAAUCACAAGUAGAGACUUUAACUGGUCGCUUUGAUUCUCUUUAUUGUGAACAUGAACAAACAAAGCAUGAACUUACAAACAUGACUGAAAAGCAUGAGGGCGAACAGAAAUUAAAUGAACAAGCUGAAAUGUCAUAUACAAAAUUAACACAGGAUGUUCAGAUGAAAGAGAAAAAUAUAGCAACUUUAAAAAGUGAUCUUAAAGCAAUGUCACAAGGUAAAGAUGGCCUGAUGUCAACAGUUUCAACUCUUAAGGAAGAAUCGACAACCUUGACACAAGAAAAAGAUGGCCUAAUAUUAACUGUUUCUACUGUUAAGGAAGAACUGGCUAACAAGAUAAAAGAUUUAAUGACAGUCACUCAAGAGAAAGGUCAGCUGGUGUUAACUGUUUCUGGUCUGAAGGAAGAACUGUCCAACAAGUCAGAAGACAUUGUCACUCUGACACAAGAAAAAGAUGGUUUGGUGUCAACAGUUUCUAGUCUAAAGGAAGAAAUGAACAACAAAUCAGAAGACAUUGUCACACUGACACAAGAAAAAGAUGGUUUGGUGUCAACAGUUUCUAGUCUAAAGGAAGAACUGACCAACAAAUCAGAAGACAUUGUCACACUGACACAAGAAAAAGAUGGCCUGGUGUCAACUGUCUCUAGUCUAAAGGAAGAACUGACCAACAAAUCAGAAGUUGUUGUCACACUGACACAAGAAAAAGAUGGUUUGAUGUCAACAGUUUCUAGUCUAAAGGAAGAAAUGAACAACAAGUCAGAAGACAUUGUCACACUGACACAAGAAAAAGAUGGUCUGGUGUCAACAGUUUCUAGUCUAAAGGAAGAACUGACCAACAAAUCAGAAGACAUUGUCACACUGACACAAGAAAAAGAUGGUCUGGUGUCAACAGUUUCUAGUCUAAAGGAAGAACUGACCAACAAAUCAGAAGACAUUGUCACACUGACACAAGAAAAAGAUGGUCUGGUGUCAACAGUUUCUAGUCUAAAGGAAGAACUGACCAACAAGUCAGAAGACAUUGUCACACUGACACAAGAAAAAGAUGGUCUGGUGUCAACAGUUUCUAGUCUUAAGGAAGAACUGACUAACAAAUCAGAAGACAUUGUCACACUGACACAAGAAAAAGAUGGUUUGGUGUCAACUGUCUCUAGUCUCAAGGAAGAACUGAACAACAAGUCAGAAGACAUUGUCACACUGACACAAGAAAAAGAUGGUCUGGUGUCAACAGUUUCUAGUCUGAAAGAAGAACUGACCAACAAAUCAGAAGACAUUUUCACACUGACACAAGAGAAAGAUGGUUUGGUGUCAACUGUCUCUAGUCUCAAGGAAGAACUGACCAACAAAUCAGAAGAACUUGUCACACUUAUACAGGAAAAAGAUGGCUUGUUAGCCACAAUUUCUCUUUUGAAAGAAGAGUUGAAUGCAAAAUCAGAGGAAAUUGCCACAUUAAUAGAGAGCAAAUAUGGUGGGGAGUCAACUAUAUCCAUUCUCAAGAAAGAACUUGGCACAUUGACAAAAGACAAAGAGAAUCUGGUGUCAGCUGUUUCUAGUCUAAAUGAAGAACUGAGCAACAAAUCAGAAGAAAUGGCUAUAUUAACCCAAGAGAAAGAUGGUGUAGUGUCAACUGUUUCUAGUCUCAAUGAAGAACUGACACUUUUGACACAAGAAAAAGAUGGUCUGGUGUCAACUGUCUCUAGUCUCAAGGAAGAACUGAUCAACAAAUCAGAAGAACUUGUCACACUGACACAAGAAAAAGAUGGUUUGAUGUCAACAGUUUCUAGUCUGAAGGAAGAACUGACCAACAAGUCAGAAGACAUUGUCACACUGACACAAGAAAAAGAUGGUUUGCUGUCAACAGUUUCUAGUCUAAAGGAAGAACUGACGAACAAAUCAGAAGACAUUGUCACACUGACACAAGAAAAAGAUGGUCUGGUGUCAACAGUUUCUAGUCUGAAGGAAGAACUGAUCAGCAAAUCAGAAGAACUUGUCACAAUGACACAAGAAAAAGAUGGUUUGAUGUCAACAGUUUCUAGUCUAAAGGAAGAAAUGACAAACAAAUCAGAAGACAUUGUCACACUGACACAAGAAAAUGAUGGUUUGCUGUCAACAGUUUCUAGUCUUAAGGAAGAACUGACCAACAAAUCAGAAGACAUUGUCACACUGACACAAGAAAAAGAUGGUUUAAUGUCAACAGUUUCUAGUCUGAAGGAAGAACUGUCCAACAAGUCAGAAGACAUUGUCACACUGACACAAGAAAAAGAUGGUCUGGUAUCAACAGUUUCUAGUCUGAAGGAAGAACUGACGAACAAAUCAGAAGACAUUGUCACACUGACACAAGAAAAUGAUGGUUUGCUGUCAACAGUUUCUAGUCUUAAGGAAGAACUGACCAACAAAUCAGAAGACAUUGUCACACUGACACAAGAAAAAGAUGGUUUGAUGUCAACAGUUUCUAGUCUGAAGGAAGAACUGAGCAACAAAUCAGAAGACUUAGCUUUAGUGACGCAAGGAAUAGAUGGUCAAUUGUCAACUGUCUCUAGACUUGUAGAAGAAUUGGCGACUUUGGGACAAGAAAAAGAUGGUCUGGUGUCAACAGUUUCUAGUCUCAAGGAAACACUGACCAACAAGUCAGAAGACAUUGUCACACUGACACAAGAAAAAGAUGGUUUGAUGUCAACAGUUUCUAGUCUAAAGGAAGAAAUGAAAAACAAGUCAGAAGACAUUGUCACACUGACACAAGAAAAAGAUGGUCUGGUGUCAACAGUUUCUAGUCUGAAGGAAGAACUGACCAACAAAUCAGAAGACAUUUUCACACUGACACAAGAAAAAGAUGGUUUGGUGUCAACUGUCUCUAGUCUCAAGGAAGAAUUGACCAACAAAUCAGAAGAACUUGUCACACUUAUACAGGAAAAAGAUGGUCUGGUGUCAACAGUUUCCAGUCUUAAAGAAGAACUAACCACUAAGUCAGAAGAUAUGAUUCUAAUGACCCAAGAACAAGAUGAUCUAGUUUCAACUCUUUCCAGUCUAAGAGAGGAACUGACAGAGAAGUCAGAAGACAUUGUUACACUAACAAAAGAAAAAGAUGGUAUUGUGUCAUCUGUUUCCAGUCUUAGAGAAGAACUUACCAACAAGUCAGAAGACAUGACUUUAGUGACUCAAGAAAAAGAUGACCUUAUGUCAACUAUCUCUAGUCUAAAAGAGGAACUGACAGUUUUUACACAGGAAAAAGAUGGCUUGUUGUUAACUGUUUCUAGUGUUAAGGAAGAACUAGCUAAAAAGAUAGAUGAAUUAAUGGCAGUCACACAAGAGAACGAUCAUCUGAUGUUAAAUGUUUGUACUCUUAAGGAUGAACUGUCCAACCACACAGAUGAUCUUGUCACAUUGAAAACUGAAAAUGAUGGGCUGAUGUCAACUGUUUCAAUUCUUAAGGAAGAGCUGUCCAACAAGUCAGAAGAGAUAACAACACUAAAACAAGAAAAAGAUGGCUUGGCAUCAACAGUUUCUGUUUUGAAAGAAGAGUUGGCUAAUAAAUUAGAAGAGAUAUCCACAUUGGCAGAUAGUAAAGAUGGUGUGGAGUCAGUUGUUUCCAUUCUCAAGAAAGAACUGGCAAUAUUGACACAAGACAAAGAGAAUAUGGUAUCAACUGUUUCUAAUCUGAAGGAAGAACUUACUUACAAAUCAGAAGAUAUUAACUCAUUGACACAACAGAAAGAUAACCUGUUAUCAACAGUUUCUAGUCUUGAGGUAGAACUGACCACAUCUAAACAAGAAAAGGCUGAAUUAAGAUCAACUGUUUCUAGUCUUGAAGAAGAACGGACAAUUAUGAAUCAAGAAAAAGAUGGCCUGAUAUUAACUGUUUCUAGUGUAAAAGAGGAACUUGCAAACAAAAUAGAAGAAUUAAUAGCAGUCAAACAAGAGAAAGAUCAGCUAUUGUUAACUGUUUCUAGUCUUCAUGAAGAACUGAACAACAAGUCAGAAGACAUGGCUGUAGUGACUCAGGAGAAGGAUGGUCUAGUGUCAACAGUUAUAAGUCUAAGGGAAGAACUGUCUAACAAGCAAGAUGAAAUCUUAAUGUUAACAAAAGAAAAUGAUGACUGGAAGUUAACAGUUUUUAAUCUUAAGGAAGAACUAUCCAGUAAGACAGAAGAGCUAGAUACAGUGAUGCAAGAAAAAGAUGGCCUGAUGGCCACAGUUUCUAAUCUGAAAGAAGAGCUUGCUAUCAAGUUAGAAGAGAUCACUUCAUUGGCAGAUAGCAAAGAUGGUGUGGAGUCAGUUAUUUCCAUUCUAAAGAAAGAACUAGCAAUAUUGUCACAAGACAAAGAUAAUAUGGUAUCAACUGUUUCUAAUCUUAAUGAAGAACUAGCAAUUAAAUCAAAAGAGAUAGUUAGUUUGAAAUUAACUGUUUCUAAUGUUAAUGAGGAACUGGCUCACAAGUCAGAAGAACUUAUCACAGCCACACAAGAGAAUGAUGGGUUAGCAUCAACUGUUUCUUGUCUUAAAGAAGAAUUGUCUAUUAGAUCAGAAAAAGAAGCCACAUUUGCACAAGAAAAGGAGCAUCAUGUUUCAACUAUUACAGGUUUAAAGGAAGAACUGGCCACAUUGACACAAGAUAAAUGUGAUAUGGUAUCUCUUGUUUCCAGUCUUAAAGAAAACAUUGCAACAGUUACACAGGAGAGAGAUGACUUAAUUUCAACUGUGUCCAGUUUAAAGGAAGAAUUGUCUAAUAAAUCAAAUGAUCUAACAAAUGCAGUGACCAAAAAUGAGGGACUUUUGUUGACUUUGUCAGCUUUGAAGGAAGACUUAAAUCUGAAAUUACAGUUAGCUGAUGAGAAGCUUGUUGUAGAAAAGGAAAUGGAAAAACUUUUGUCAUCUGUAAAUAUAUUGUCAAGUGAAUUAGACACAGCAGUGCAAAGUGUUGCUGCAAAAGAAGACACUUCUGUAAAACUGAAAUCUGAGCUGAUGAGACACAAAGCAAAACUGACUGAAACUCAAGAUGAGAAUGAGCACCUGAUGAAUCAAUUGAUGAGCACAACUAAUGAACUAUUAAGUAAAACAGACAACAUAAAGAGUUUAAUGAUAGAAAAUGAUGGAUUAUUAUCUGAUCUCUCCAAUGUCAAAGACAAAUUGUCAACAGGAAAUAAAACUUUAGCUGAUUUAACACAUGAUAAAGAAAAUUUGAAGGCCACAAUUGUUGAAAUCAAAGACCAAUUACAAAUUAAGUCUAAGGAUAUAGAUAACGUCAUCAAACAAAAAGAAACUUUGUUGUCAAAUUUAGAACUAAAUAAUAUAGAACUGAAUACUUUACUAGAAGAAAAAGAACAACUAAUGUUAACUUCCUCAAAGUUUAAAGAGGAUAAUGAAAUAAUGAAAACCGACUUUGAUGCUGUACAAAAUGAGAAAGAUGGACUUUUGUUGACUGUAGCUGCUUUGACUGAAGAGAAAGAUGAGUUGAUAUCUUCUAAGACUAGUUUAAAAUGUGAGCUAGAAAAAUCUGCAGAAAAAAUGUCAUUGCUAAUGCAACAAAUAGAUGAUUUGCAAACAAAUGUGUCAGAACUUAAAAUUGAUUUGGCAAACAAACUUGAACAAAUUGAUUCAGUUUCAACUGAAAAAGAUUGUCUUUUAUCAAAUUUAGAUUCCCUUAAAGAAGAAAAUCAGGUACACACAGAAUUGAAAUUAAAACUUGAAAAAGAUCUUGAACAAAUGUCAACAAGCUUUUUUGUUUUAUCUAGUGAAAUUGAAUUAACUAAACAAAAUCUUACAUCAAAAGAGGAUUUAAUAGUCAAACAGAAAUCUGAUAAUAAGGAGAAUAUUUGCAAAAUGACCAAUGACAUAUCUGGAUUAAAAGAAAAACUGACUGAAAAGUACGAAGAAAUUUCAUUCUUGAAAAUUGAAAAUGAGAAGUUAUUAGCAGAUAUUUCCAUACUUACAAAAGACUUAACAUGUUUGUCAGAUGAGAAAAACCAAUUGUUGUCUUCUAUUGCAAAUCUUGAGAAAGACAUGGAAGACAACUCUCAGAAUUUGAUAUCUGUUAAUAAAGAAAAAGAUGAAUUAGCAUCCACAAUUACUAGUCUAACAGAAUCUUUUACUAGUUUAAAAGUAGAAAAUAACCUUUUAAUGACAAGAUCAACUGGUUUGGAAGAGGAAUUAAAUAGGAAGUGUGAAGAUCUGGCAGCACUUGUUGAAGAAAAAGAAGGAUUUGUGUCAGAAAAAGUGGUUGAAGUUGAAACAUUAAGAAAGGAAGGAAAUGGCCUGGUAACUACCAUAUCAUCUCUAAAGACUGAAAUGGCAAUGAAAGAUGGGGAAGUAUCUUUUCUUGUUAAAGAGAAAGAAGAUUUAGAGGCAAAACUGGUUAGUGCGAUGGACAAUGAUUCAAAGAAAAAUGAAACUCUUGUUUCUGUCACACAAGAACGGGAUAAUCUUAUGUUGGAUAUUUCAUCAUUGAGGGAGGAACUAACAGCAAGAUCAAAUCAACUUGAUGCAGCAUUGGGGGAAGUAAAAAUUCUGACAGGCAAGCUUAAUUCUUUGACUGAACAGAUAAGUUUGAUGAAUGCAGAAAGUUCAGAAUUUGUGAAAGAAAGAGAUGAUUUAAAUCUGUCUCUGUCAGGUGCAAAGGAAGAACUUGCAGAUAUCACGAGAAAAUAUUCUAUUAUACAGCAAGAAAAAGAUGAAAUGACAGCUGUCUUGUCUACUUUGAAAGAGGAAUUAAUGAGGACAGCAACAGAAGUAACAUCACUGUCAAAAGAGAAAGAUGAGUUGAAAAUAGAACUGGCUACUGAGGCUGCAUUUAAGUUGACACUUUUAAAAGAGAAGGAAGAGAUGAUCUCACAACUGGAAGCUGAAGCAUUGUCAAAGUCUAAAUUAUCAGAGGAGAUUCAUGAGCUUAUAUCAAAACUUGAGUCUGAAUCGUCAUCAAAUGUAAACCUCUCACAGGAGAAACUUAAUUUAGAACAGAAAGUUAAAGAACUUGAGACAACUGUACAUAUUUUAUCCAGUGAACUAGAAACAAAAGCUGACAUUGUGACAAGUGCAAUUGAUCAGAUCAGAAAACUUAAAUUUAACAUAAGAAUAAUGCAAGAUGAAAAUGACAAAAUGUUGAAAGAGAAAGAUAAUGUGCUGACUAAUUUUCAAGAGGAAUUAGCUAAAAAGACAAAGGAGUUAGAAAACCAACUUCAUGAAAAAGAAACAAUUGGAUGUACAUUUGCUAGUCUGAAAGAGAAAAUUAAUCAAUAUGAAACCACAAUAAAUGAUUUAGCAGAGGAAAAAGAGACCAUAAUUUGCAGUCUAUCUGAAGUAAGGAAUGAACUAAAUAAAACAACAGAUGAGCUGUGCUCCCUUAAAGAGAUCAAAUCAUCCCUGGAAUCUGAGCAGGAGAAAUUGUCUAGUGUAGUUCAGGUAUUGACUGUAGAAUUUGAAACGGAGAAACAAGUUGCAUUAUUCAAAAAUGAUCAGAUUUCACAGUUAAUGAAAUUUGCAAAAGAUGACAAGAAGAAGAUUUCAAAUUUACAACAAGAAAAUGUGGAACUUUUAUCUUCACUUGAUAUUUUGAAGGAAGAUGUAGCCAGUAAAGCUAAACAUAUAAAUGACCUUUUGGAGAAGCUGACACACAAAACAAACAUGCUGACCUCAAUUACUCAAAAUAAUGAAACAGCAACCAAGCAAUUGGUUGAAAGAGACAUGCAGUUUACAGAAUUAAUUGAUCAGAAAGAACAAUUAAUUUCUAAUUUGUCUAAUUUGAAAGAAGAUAUUGAAAAGAAGAGUGAAGAAAUAUCCAAGCAACAGAAUGAAACUGAAGACUUAAUGUCCACAGUAUGUGCUUUAAAAGAUGACAUUGCAAAAUUGGAUGAUGACAAACAAGCAAUUGCCGAGGAGUUACAUAACACAAAGGUUAAGGUUGACAUAUUAUCCACAGAACUAGAGACUGCAAGGGAAAGUGAAACAAGUAAAGGGGAUACUGUUAUGAAAUUGAAACAUGAAAAUUUUUGUCAGGCGAAAUAUUUGUCACAUGUAAAAAUUGAAAAUGAAGCUAUUCAGGUAACAAUAGCAGAUUUACAAAAGCAACUUUUUAUUAAAGAAGAGAAUUUACUUUCCCUUUCCCAAGAGAAGGAGGAUUUAGUGGCAUCCAUUUCUAAUCUGACAGGUCAGCUAAAUGUACAAACAGACCAGCUGUUAAAUGCCACAAAGGAAAAUGAGGAAUUCAUGUUAGCUGUUUCAAACUUGAAAGAUGAGCUUUUUACCAAGAAUGAAAAUCUGUCAGCAGUCGCACAAGAAAGAGUUAAGCUGAAAGAAGAGCUAGCAUUGGUUAAGGAUGAACAAAAUGUCAAUACAACAGCAAUGUCAACUCGUGUAUCAGAAAAAGAGGAAAAAGUGUGUUUCUUACAAGAUCAACUUAACCAGAAAGAAACUGAAAUGUCUCUUUUGGCAGUUAGCAUGGAAAAUUUGGAAUCUAAAGUUAGGGGCCUAGAACAUCAACUUUCACUCAGAUCAGAAGAGCUGUCAAAUUUCCAGCAUAAGAAUCAAGAAGAAAUAGCAACACUUGAUUGUAAACUGAAAGAAAUAAGUGAUUUAAAAGAAGUUCUGAUUGAAGAAAAUAAAACAACAGAAGAGGAAAAAUAUAACUUGAAGCAGACUGUUGAUAUGCUGCUAAUUGACAUAGAGUCUUUCAAUUUAAAGGUGAAUGAAAAAGAAGAUCUGAUACACAAAUUGAAAGCAAAUAUAAAAUCUGCAUUGGAAAAUAAUCAAUUAAUGGCUGAACAGGUGUCCUCUGUUUCAGAAGAAAGGGAUGUUCUCAGAUUAGAUCUAUUAUCUACCCAGGAAGGAUUAACCACUAAAACUGAAAAUGUGUCCAGAAUAAUGGAAGAUAAUGAAUUAUUGUCAACACAGAAUGAGCAGAUUACUCAGUUGUCGGCAGAUUUGAAGGAGAAAAUUCAAACAUUAAAUGAAGAUUUUACCCAGGUAAAAGAAACAUUACAGCAAAAGGAAGAAGAAUUGAAGUCAUGCAGAGAUAAACUUAGUCUUCUUCAAACAGAUUUUGAUCAGCUAUCUCAGGAAUGUGAACAGGCUCAUACAAAUGUGUUAGAAAAAGAGCAAAAUAUAUUUGAACUAACAGAAACACUCGAGAAAACAGUUGAAAGGGAACAAGAUGCUGAUGCUUGGAGAACAAAAUGCAGAGACCUGGAACAGUUGAUUUCCACCAAGGAUGAAGAGAAUAAAAGAGAAUUAGAAGAGAAAGACCUCACUUUCAGUCAUUUGGAGACUGAACUCAAUAGUCAAAAGGAGUCUUAUAAAUUGUUGACUAAAAAGAAAGAACAACUGGAAACUGACAUUAAGAAGUUAGAGAAGGUUAGCAAAGGAAAAGAUGUUAAAUUAUCUCGAGCUGUUGAGGAUUCGGGUGCUUUCAAAUUAUCUAAAGAGCAGGAAAUGACGGAACUUAAUAUCAAACUGUCUGAAGUGACAGCAAAUCUGGAAGAAACAAAAGCUCAAAAAUCGUAUUUAGAACAAACUGUUUCUGAAUUAAAGGGAAGACUUGAAGGUUCUUCCCAAGAGCAGACAGUGUAUAAUGAUAGUUUGGUGAAAGAGAAUGAACUGUUGAAAUCUGAAAUGGACAAUUUAAGGCUGGAAAAAGACAAAAUUGUUAAAGAAACUAAAGAGAUUAAAACAGAACUGAACAAAUUACAAAAACUGUACAAAGGGAGAGAAGCCAAAAUAAAGAAAUUUCAGGAAGUUGUCAACGAGCAAGAAAAGUUACUUGCUACAAAAGAGGCAGAUAUCAUUGUGUUUAAAGAAAAUAUGAUACAACUAGAAAAUAAACUAAAAGAUGUCAAUUAUGAUGAGGAGUUUAUGCAUUCUGAAAUGAGUAAAUUAGAAUUGGAUUAUAACCAACUUCAACAAAAAUAUGAUCAAUAUGAAAUAGACUAUAGACAUCUAGAAAUGAGGUGUCAGCAGCUAGAGGAGGAACUUCUAUCAGCACAAAGUGAUAACAGAAUAGAACAUGACCAAGUGACAGGUGUACACCAAGACCAAAUCUUAUACUUAGAACAGUAUGUGGAAUCAUUGCAGAGGACCGUUCAGGAAAAGGAACAAAUAGCAAUAGAUAUUGAAAAUGAACUCUUGGACUUGAGUGACAAAGAAAAAUUUAUGUUACAGGAAAAAGAAAAUCUAGAGAAUGAGAUUUCAAAAUUACAUCAAAUAUGUAAAGGAAAAGAUGAAAAAAUGAUACAUCUUACACAGGAAAGUGAAGACCAGUUGUCAGCAAAAGAUUCAGUAGUUGAAAAAUUACACUAUGAACUUGAUGAGGCAAAGUUUAGGAAUGAGGAACUAGAAAAACAACUGAAAAUAAAUUUCUCUGAAAAAGAUGAAAUAAAUGCUGAAUUACAGAAAAUGCAAAAACUCUACAAGGGAAAGGAUGUUAAAAACAAAAAAUUUGAGGAAGUUGUUUCUGAACAAGAAAAACUCAUUGCUGACAAAGAUGCUGAAAUUUUUAUGUCGAAAGAGAGAAUAAAACACUUAGAGCACAGGAUGGGUGAUGUUUUAUAUGAAGAUGAAUUAACUAGAAAAGACUUAGAGGUCAUAAGGAGUGAAAACUUUGAACUCAAGGACAGAUGUUAUUGGUUAGAAGGGGAAUUGGAUAAAGUAAAACAAGAUUUAACCGACAGAUUAGAUGAAAGUCAGACAGAACUGCAACGAGUGUGUGAAGAAAAAAACUUUAUGUCUGCUUCUAAACAACAGUAUGAAGAAACACUUCAAAACUUAGAGUAUGACAAAGAGACUCUGACCAAUGUUAUAGGGGAGCGGGAGACUGGUAUUUCAGAAAUAAACAAUGAACUUCAACAAGCCAUUUCGGUACGAGAAAAAUUGACUGCUGAAAAUAAAAAAUUGUCAGCUCUCGUUAAAGGAAAAGAUGUGAGAAUUAAGAAACUUGAGGGAAAAUUAAAGGAAGAUGAAGAAUACAUUAGUGAAAUGAACAAAAGUUUACAUGACAUUGAGGAAGAACGAGAAAAAUUUGUUACUGAAAUAGGUAAACUUCAAAAGCUAGGAAAAAGUAGGGAUGUAAAAGCUAAAAAGUUUGAAGAAGUUGUUGUUGUCCAAGAAAAAGUUCUUGUUGAAAAGGAUACAGAAGUUGUUAUUCUCAAGGAACAAAUAAAUGAGUUAAAUGGUCGACUUGAUGACUUGUACAGUGAAGAACAGAGCUUAAGAGAUGAGCUAAAUGAGUCUUUGACCCAUUUUCAGGAUCUGGAGGAAAAGUGUCAUCACUUACAAACAAAUAUCGAACAGUUGCAAGAAAACAUAAAUGAAAAGGAUUAUCAAAUUGAAGAAUUUAAGAAAAAUUUAGAUGUAAAUCAUGAGCAUAUCGUGAAAUUGGAAAGUGAGAAAAAAGAACUGAUGAUUGAAAAGCAAAAGAUUGAACAAAGUAUAGCUUUUGUUCGUCGUCAAGUAUCAGAUGGUGAUGGCAGUGUAGAUAAAGUGAAAACAGAACUACAAAAUGUCCUUGUGGAAAAAGAACAUUUGAAUUUAGAAAUAGCAAAAUUAAAGAAAAUAAGCAAAGGAAAAGCAGCUAAGGUGGCUAAAAUGGAGGACAUUUUAUCUCAACAGGAGAACUCAAUCGCUGGUAAAGAAAUGGAUGUUGUAGUUCUGAAUGAAAGAGUGCAACAUCUAAUGGAGAAGUUAGAAUACAGUGACCAAGAGGUCGGGAUGCUUUCACAAGAACUUGAGCAUGCAUUAACUUGGAAAGACAAAUAUGAACAAUUAUAUCAUGAAAACCAAGAACACCAUGGAAUACAUGUAGAUAAAAUGGUCUCAGAGCAAUACCAGAGGCAAGAAAUGGUUCAAGAAACUUUCCAGGAACAAGAAGCUUCAGGACCGUUACAUUCUGCAGCACUAUCAACAGCACCUGACAAUGUUGACAGUCUUGCAAUAGAAUUGGAAAACCUUCAGUUAGAAUUGAAAAGUGAAAGAGAAAAAUUUGGCAAGGAGAAAGAGGCAAUGAAUGGACAGAUAAAGAAACUGAAAACACUUUGCAAAGCAAAAGACACAAAGUUAAAUAAACUGAUGUCAGAAACAGAAUCUCAAAGCAGUGAAUCUUCACAAGUAUCAGGACUAGAGGAUGAAAUUCUCAUUCUAAAAACUGAAAAUGAAUCUUUAAGGGAAGGCCAGCUUUCAAAAUCAAAAGAAUUAGAGAUAUCUGUAAGCCUUUGUCAGGAUUAUGUAACACAAAUCAAAGAAUUUCAGGAAAAAGUAAAUAAAUAUGAAGUUGAAAACAUUGCUAAAUCAGAAGAAAUUGAAAACGUAACUAGUAACAUGUUGGCAUGGGAACAGUGGUACAAGACAGAACUUGAAAAUCAGAAAAUUGAGAUAGAAAGAUAUAAAAAUGAAGAAAUAACAGGUUUACAGAAUACAUGGAGUUCAUAUGAGACAUGGUAUAGGCAGGAAAUAGAAAAGCUUCAAGGUCAUAUAAGUAACCUUGAAGGUAAGCUGUCAGUUGUUGGUAGUGGAGCAUCAGAUGUGUUACCUGUAAUAGAGGAAAUCAUAGAGCCCAGUGCAAUAGAAAAAUCUGAAACUUCACCAGAAAUUAUUGAUGAAGAAAGAGGUGUUAAUAAAAUAUCUGAUUCACAAUCACAAAUGAUACACAAUGUGUCCUGUGAAACAGAUAUAGUGUCAAAAGAAAGUGAUAAAAAGCAACAGGAUGAAUCCAGUAAGGAAGGUAUACAAAAUGAACUGGCAGUGACAGAAAGAGAAGUUCUGGACAUGAAAAGGGAACGAGAUUACAUGAAGCAGGAACUCGAAGUUAAAAACAUUCAUGUAAAGGAAAUGAAACAAGAAAUAAAAAAAUUACAAAAUGACUUUACCAGUAAGGAAAAUGAACUGUUUUCUUUAAGAGAAACUUUUGAAAAAGAUAUAGAGAUAUUUCAGAAUAAUUUGGAUUCAUUGAAAGAGGAGAAAACUGAAUUAUGUAAAACUAUUGAAGAUAAAACUCAAGAAAUGUUAUCUCUGAAGACAGAAAACGCUUCAAAAGGUGUUUGGGACCAUGAUCAGAUAACUACUAUGCAAUCCAGAAUUGAAGAAUUGGAAAAUAACGUGCAGUAUUUAGAGGGAGUGAAUUCAUCAUAUGCAAUGAGUAAUACUGAGAUGGAAAGAAAAUGUCAGCACUUACAACACAUUGCUGAUGAGUCAGAAAAAGAGUUUGAAGAACUCAACAAUGAUACAAAUUUGUUACGUCAUAAUGAAGAGUUAUAUAAAGAUAUGCUGAAAACUUUGAAAAUGGAGAAAGAAAAUUUGGCAAUAGAAACUGAAAAAGCAUUAAAAUCAAAAGAUUCUAAAAACAAAACAAUGAUUGAAGCCAUCGAUGACUUACAAGAUAUGUUAUCAAAAAAAGAAUCAGAUUUACAACAAAUGGUGACAGAGAAAGAAGCAAAGUGUGAAGAAAUUGCCCAGCUAACCAAUACUGUAAGCUACCUCCAAGAACAAUCAAAGUCAGAUGUGACACAAAUGCAGCAGGAAUUCAUGCAAAUGCUAAAUGAGGAUAUAGGAUUAUCUGAACAUGAGAUGGAAGAUCUUCAAAAUGAAGAUAUCAAUAAGCUGGUGACAAAAAUUAAGUUAGAACUUUCGAAUUUAAAACAAUCUCAGUCAGAGUUGCUUUCAAAGUGUAGUAAAAGUGAGGAGAAAGUAACAGAGCUUGAAAAAGAACUAGAAAACAGUCAGAGUUUAAUAGAGCAAGAAAAAGAAAACACAAAAACUUUGGGAAUGAUUGUUAACAAUUACGAGGUGAAAUUGGAAGAAAAAGAACAAUGUUUAGUUGAUCUGAAACAGAAAUUAUUAGUAGUCCCAGAUCAAGGUCAAAUUACCGAAAAAGACAAUCAAAUGCACCAACUGGAAAGUCAAUUGGCAAGAUUAAAGGACAACCUGUCCCAUCAAGGCAGAGAAAUGCAGGAUCUUCAGCAAUUGUAUCAGAAUGAAUGUGAACAGCUUGAACGUACUUUAAAUGCUCUAGAAGACAGUAAGAAAUCUUUUACUUGUAAACUAGAAGAAUCAGAAAUUGCCAUUACAAACUUACAAGAAAGAUUGUUAUCUGCUGAAUCUGAAUGUGAAAAAUCAAAACAGCUUAUUCAAGAAAAAGAUAAUUAUAUCAUAUCUAUUGAACAAUCAAAACGAGAAAAUAUAGAAAAAGUGAAUGAAAUGGAAGGACAAAUAGAAACAAAGGAUGAACAAAUAAAAUCUCUUACAGAAAGUCUAAAUAAUAUACAGGAUGAUCUAAUGAAAAGAAUCGAAGAAAUGAAAAUUAUGCAAGAAAUGUAUGAUAAACAAUCAGAGGAACAGGAUAAAAUAAUGAAUACUAUUGAGGAAUUUAAUGCUUCAAAUGCUCAGAAGUUACAAGAAAAGGAAGUUAAAAUCACUGAAUUAAUGCAGGAGUUGUAUGGCAAACAAAGCAUCCUGGAAGUGACAGAGGCAUCCAAAAUGGCAUUUGUCACAUCACUGGAAGAAGCUGAGCAGACGUUAACUCAAAUGAAAGAGCAAAUUCAAGAAAAGGAUAAAAUAAAAGAUGAAUUAAAACUUCAGUUGCGUAAAAAUGAAGAGAAAGUAAACAUGUUGGAAGAUAAUAUUGAUAGAUUAUCUUUGGAAAACUCCACAUUGAAACAACAACUAAAACAGUUGGAAACAACAGAUGCCCAUGGCAACCUUUCUGGAAAAACAGAAAAUAUCCAGCAGAUGGCAGAUAUUGUACAAGAUCGUCAUAGAGAGGAGGUAGUAGAAGAGGAUGGUAAUACUGAUGCAAAGAUUCAGAAAGUGCCAUUUAUCGAAGAAGCUAUCAUGGUUGAAAAGGUCCAAACAUUACAGUCGGCUGCUGAGAAUGGUUUUAGUAGGAAUGAUGGAGAAAGUCUGAAACAUGAUAUUACAAUGUUAACCAGUCAGAUUCAAGAACUGAAAGAUGAAUAUGGUCUCUCUAAGCAGGAAAAUGAAAACCUUCAGAGGCAGUUACUUUCUCAACAGGAUGAGCACAAAAAAACAGUUGAUGAAUAUGCAAAUGAGUUAUCAGAAAUAACUCAAGAGAAAUGCAAAUAUGAAAGCUGGUCAGAAAGACUGGAAGUUACUGUGGAGGAACAAAAGAAAAUGAUAGAAAAUUUUAAUCAGAAAGCUGCUGAAAAAGAUGAAACCAUUGAAAAAUGUGAGAGAAAUCUUAGAGAACUUGGUGAACAGAGACUGAAAUUUGAGAGAUUAUCUGAAGAACUACAGCUUAGCAUUGAUGAACAGAAAAAAAUAGUAGAAAAUUUAAUUCAGGCUUCAAAUGAAAAAGAAGAGAAAAUCAACGAAAUGCAAGGUUUAAUUGAUAAUUUAAAGGAUGUCAUAACAGAGAAAGAUGAAGAGAUAACAACCUUAGAAGAUGCUAAUCAGUCUUUAUUGGAAAAGGAUCAACAAAUUGUAGAGUUACAAACUUCUAUAGAAAAACUGAAACAUACAGUCUCAGAAAAAGAUCAGAAAAUCAUGUCAUUGGUUGAAAAUCUUCAGGAAGAAGAAGAAACAUUAUCCCCCUUGGCAGAUGAAAAUGAAUCUCUGUCAGCUACAAUUAAGACCAAAGAUGCUGAAAUAGGUGAAAUCAAACAGUCACUGUCCAAGAAAGAGGAAGAACUUGCAGAAAUGAAGAAAGCAUUUGAUGAAAAAGAACUUCAGUUUAAGAAAGCACUGGCUACUGCUAAGAAAUUGAAGUUCCAAUUACAGAAAACAAUCAAAGAGAAGGAAGAAACAGCUAAAGCUGAGGGUCAUGGAGAAGAGGAAAGUCAGACUAAAUCAAAAAAACUUCAAAGCAAACAGGCAGAAUUAUUGGAAGUCAAAGAACUCCUGGAACAGAAAUCUUCUGAAAUAGAAACAUUAUCUAGUCAAUUAUCAGCAAAAGAACACCAGUAUACAGAAAUGCAAGAGAAAUUCAAAACAUUAUCUGAAUCUUCAGUAGUAUUGGAAGAAACAAAAUCAGAAUUAGAAAAUCAGUUGUCAGAAUUGUCACAAAAAUAUGAAGAAGUUUCAAAUGAUUAUGUUGCUGUAAAUAGCUCUUUAGAAAAAUCUCAGUUGGAAGAACACGAUGAAAAACAGGAACUUCAAGAAAAACAAUCAGAAAUUGAAAGAUUAUCAAGAAAAGUUAUAGAGUUGGAAAAAAUAACAGAAGAAAAAGAAAGUUAUGUAAAAGAAAUGGAAGAAAGAGUAGGAAAUUUUGAAGAACUGAUACAGUCUCUUCAACAGGAAGUCAGAAAGCAGACGGCAUCAGUGGAACAGCUACAGAAUGAUGUAAAACAAGGUCAAAUAGAAAAAGGGCAAUUUGCAGAAGAAAAACAAAGUCUUCAAAAAAAUCUGGAACAAACAGCUUCAAAGAUUGUAGAUUUAUCAAAUCAGUUAGCAUUUCAUGAAGAAAAUUUAUCUCAAUUUGCUCACAGUCUCAAACUACUCACACCUCAUUUACAUCAUAUAGAUUUCCAAAAUUUGAAUCAAGUUUCUGAAAUUAUAAAAGAUGUUAUCGGAACAUCAGAACAGGAAAUUAGUGUCCUAAAACAAAAACUAGAAAGUAGUGAAAAGACUUUGAGGGAUGAAAUUGAAAAGAAAGUUGAAGGGUUACAAAAUAUUUAUGAAACUAAAUUAACCGAUCAAACAGAAGAAAAUCAGUCUCUGCAAGAGAGAAUGUCACAACAGAACCAUCAGUAUAAAAAAAGUAUAUUAGAAAUUGAAAAUAAAUUAGCCAAUCAAGCAGAAGAAAAACAGUUAUUACAAAGUCAGUUUUCUGACCAGAUAACAAUAAUUCAAAAUGCAAUUGAAUCCAAAGAAUCAGAAUUAAUUGAGCAGUCAACAAAAAAUGAAGCACUGAAGAAUGAAAUUUUGGAAUUAACCAAUCAGGUAAAAAAUAUUGAAAAAUUAAAAUCAGAGAAUUUAUCUUUACAAAAACAGAUUAAAAUUUUAACUGAAGGAAACAAUAGUCUUCUCAGUGAAAAAGAAAUGCUUUCAAAACAGAUUGAAGAACUCAAACUGUCUACAGGAAAUAUUUCUAAAGAAAAAGACGAGUUAGCAGUGACGAUUGAAAACGUUUCAAAGGAAAAUCAUGAACUUAAAUUAUGUGUUGACAGACUAACUACAGAAAAGCAAGAUUUGGAGUUAUCUGUCUCUGCAUCAACAGGUGACAACAAAGACUCUGAGACAGCAAUGAGUGAACUUUUACAGCAAUGUCAAAAACUGCAAGCACAAUUAACUGAAAUUACAGCACAGAAUGAGCAUUUACGAACAGAAGUUAAUAGUUAUCAGGAAAAAGUAGACCUGAGUAGGUCAGAAUUAUUAUCUAAAGAUAGUACUAGAGUGGAGUUAGAGGAAAAACUAUCUCAGGCAACUGAAGAAAUUCUUAAUCUGAAAGGAGAAUUAGAAAGUAGAACUGAAUCACUUCAGAGGCUACAAGAACUAGAAAAUACAUUAAAUUCAAAUGCUGACACAGAUUCUCAGGUAAAAAUAGAAUUAAAUAGUGAGCUUGAUAAAUCUCAACAGAAAAUUCAUGAUUUGGAAACAGAUGUCGAAAAUUUAAAGCAAGAUAUAGUUAAACUGACAGAGAAAUGUAAUAUUCUAAGUCAAGAUAAAACUGAACUAGAAACUAAAUACAAUAUGUUAAAUGAAAGAAAAGAAGAAGUCACAGAGAAAAUGGAUAAAGAUAUAGCUCAUGUUACUGACAUGGGAUGGGGAGAUACCAUAGAAAAGGUAGCCAUUGAACCACUUAGACAGUCAGCACCAGAAUAUGGUCAUGAUUCUCAGGUCCAUGAUGGCUGGGGUGAUGCUAUCCAAAAAGUACAAGUUGAGCCCCUAAGGCAGACUGCACCUAAAGAAAAUCAUGAAAUUCAGGCUCUUAAAGAUGAAAUUCAAACUUUACAUAAGAAUUUGUCUGUAAAUGAGACAAAAUGUGAGAAGAUGUUAACAAAACUUAAGGCAUUCAAGGCUAAAAAUCAGGCUUUACAAUCAGAACUUGAUCAGGCUAAAGAAAAACUUGCUGAGACCACAACAAAUUUGGAAAGUGGUAAUGCUAAUGCAGAGACAUCAAUCAAAGCUUUGAAAGGAGAAAUAGAAAAAUACGAACUGGAAUUUAAAAAUAUUAAAAGAGAAAAAGACGAAGUGAUACAAUCUUUAGACACAGAAAAAUUAAAGAAUGAAAAAUUGAAUACACAUGUGUUAGAAAAUGAGACAAAAUAUAAAAGCCAUAUCGAAGUUUUGCUUCAGCAAAUUGAAACUGAAAGUUCUGAAUUAACAGAGUUGAAAUCUCAAAAUCUUAAAUUAUCUGAUGAUUUUCAAAUAUUAAAACAGGAGAAUUCUAAAUUAUCAGAAUCUUUGAACCAAGCAUUGAAAGAAAAAGAAACACUUCAUGUGGAAACAGAAAUUUUACGAUCCGAAAUUGAAAUCUUGGAACGAAAGAAAACUGAUAAUGAGAGAAAAGUAAAGGAAAAUCAGUCGUUGUGUGAUGAACUAGAAUCUGAGUGUAAAAGUUACAGGGAAAUUGUUGCUAAUCUAAAACAAACAUUGAAUCGUGAAAAAGAGGAACAUUUUCAUAAAAUCAAACAAAUUCAAGAUGGAGGUGGAGAUGUCAAUGAGUUGAAAAAUAAGAUCUCAGAACUAGAACAAGAAAAUACUCAGAUAGCUACUUUGAAAACUAGAAUAUUGGAACUUGAAUCAGAACACGAACAAAUUAUGGAAGAAAUGGAUGGCCUAAGAGAAGAUCUGAUCAAUGAAAAGAAAGACUCAAAGGAGAAAAUAGAGAACUUGAAGGCUGAAUUUAAAAAUGCUCAAGUAGCUGAUAAUGUUGAUGAUUUGAAAAGAGAAGUUGAAAAGUUACGAAUAUUGUGUAAGCAACAACAGGUGGAAAGAGAAGGACUUGACUGGAAACUUCAGGAAAUGACAUCCCUAGAAGAAGAGAUUGAAGAUCUUAGGCUAGAACUAGAAAGUACACGGAAGGAACACAAAUCUGGCAUCAAUGAGGAAAAUUGGAAAAAAAUGAAAGAAGAUCUUGAUCAAACUAAGAUAGCACUGAGAAAGAAAGAAACAGAAUUUGAACAUUUGAAACAUGGAAAAACAGCAUCUUCUUCAGACGAUCGUGUGACUGACCUUGAAGAACAAUUGGAACUUAUAAAUGAAGAGCUCAAUGAAGUCAUGUCUGAGAAUGAAAGGUUGAAAUCUAACCCUGCGGCAAUGAAAGAACAAAUGUAUGAUACAUUACAAAAACAAUUUUCUGACCUGGCUGAAAAAUACAGUACUGCAAUGGAAGAAAAUGAAAACCUUAAAACUGAGCAACUAAAAAAAUCUAAAGACUCUGGCAGACCUCAUGUGGUAGCGGACGAUUCCAAAGUAACAGACUUGGAGGAACAGCUUCAAUUGAUCAAUGAGGAACUAAAUGAAUUAAUGUCAGAAAAUGAGAAUCUAAAGCAAGGUGCUGGUCCUGAUAAAAUGAAAGUACAAAUGUUUGACAAGUUACAGAGUGAGUUUGAAGAACUGAACAAGAAAUUUGAAACUCUAGAGAAAGAAAAUAAUAAUCUUAUUAAGCAAGCUGCAGAAAAUAUUCAGGCUGAUAACUCAGAAGUUGAAGGAUUGAGAGAACAGUUAGAUAUCAUAAAUGAGGAACUGAAUGAACUGAUGUCAGAGAAUGAAAGGUUAAGAUCAAGGACAAGUCCACAAGAAAUGAAGGUCAAAAUGUUUGAUUCACUACAGAAAGAAUUCCAAGAGAUGGGAGAAAAAUAUUCUGAGGCUGUGAAAAAUGUUGAUAAUUUGAAAAAUGAACUAAAGGAAAAGGAUUUAACAAUAAGUUCUCUCAAGAAUAAUUUGGAUGUGAAAAAGGUUGUGGAGGUUGAUGAAAAUAUCAAACGUGAACAGGUACGACAUGUUGGAAAAUCUCCUGAUUCUAGUUCAAGAGAAAAUGACAUGAUGAAACAGGAAAAUGAAAAGUUAAGACAAUUGUUAGAAGAAAAAAGUGCAAUGUUUGAUAAAUUACAAACUGAUUUAAAUAGUAUGAAUGCAGAAUAUAGUAAGAUUAUUAAUGACAAUUCAAACAUGGCAAAGCAAAUAGAAGAACUUCAUCAGAGACUUCUUAAACAAGGUGAGUCUCAAAAAGAUGUUUCAAUAAUCAAAGAAGAAAGAGACCAUUUUGAAAGAGAAAAAGACAGACUAAUCAAACAUAUAUUAGAUCUUGAAAAACAAAUAGAAACAAACUCUGAUCAAAACGUUCAAGUGAAUCAGGAAUUACUAAGAGUUGAGGGAGAAUUACAACAGUUAGUGUUUGAUAAUAAUACCCUACAGUCUCAGUUAAAUCUGUCCAAUAAGGAUGGAAAAGAGACGAGUAGGUUUCAGGCAGAUUAUGACCAGUUACAGAAACAGUUUAAUGUGGCUAUGGGACAGAAGAAUCAGGCUCAAACAGAAAGUAACCAGUUAAAUCACAGAUUACAGCAGAGAGAAGCCAGAUGUCAACAGCUUGCACGACAGGUGAGCCAGUUAGCAGAGGACAGGAGUCAUCUGAACAAACAACUUGGUAACUUUUCGCAGGCUCUUAGAGGGAGAGAACAAGAGUUGAGUUCUCUACAGCAACAAUACAGGUUGUUGUACCAGUCUCACAAUGAACUCCAGGCUAAGUUAAUUUCAUUUGAAAGAAAAGCUACGUCUGAGAAAAUUCAAAAGGCUAAUGCUAUAGAAUUAUCAGAGGUGAAAGUUGAAAAGUUACCAGAUAUACCAAGCUCAUCCAAUGACAAACCACUUCGACAGACAUCGGAAGACAUGAGAAUGGAAAACAAAGAAUUUGAGGCCAGACUAGCAGACUUUGCCAGAGUGAGAACCCAGUUAACAGAAACAAAUGAAAGGUUGGAAAAGACAUUACUAAUGGAGCGAGAGCAGAGAGUACAGACUGAAGAAGCUCUGUCAGCUGUUCAGGCUAGGCUGAGGUGUAUAGAGACAGGAGAUGAGUUGAAGUUGGAUAUGGGUGAAGAUGAUUAUGAUGAUGACAGAAUUAGAGAAGAAAGUCCAAUGUUAUUGAGAAAUGAUACAACCUAUUUCUGCAGAAUGACAAGAUGGCUGAGAAUACAGAAAGAAUACUACUGUGUAUCUGGCCGACAGCUGACCCGUCUGAUGAGACAACGACCUGGUAUACGGAAAAUGAUAUGGGUCUACUUCAUUUUCCUGCAUUUAAUGAUGUUUGCUUCUAUAUUUGGCUUAAUAUGACCACAUAUCUACUAGAUAUUAUCUAGUCAUUCUUUAAGACAUUAAUUACAUGCAUAAUUAUUUAUUGUCUCUCAUUGUAGAUAUCAAAAUAUUGUUUUUGUUUUGUAAAAAAAUGUUAUAAUAGUAUGUUAACCAGACUUGUUGUGUACAUUUGUACAUAGAUCUGUUGAUACCACUUGCUACAAAAAAAUAUUGAUGCAGAACUUGUAUUUGUUUUAAAUUGUGAUAUAUUGGGCAGCUUUCAAGUUUUGUUUUGUUUUUACAUUUUUCAGACAAAAAAAAGGAAAUCUUUGAAUAAUGUUAAAGUUUCUAAACACAUUCCUAAUAUAUAAUUCUUUAUCUGUAGAUUAAAUAAUUCUUAAGAAUUUACUUAUUGAUUUUCAGUUUGAAAUUAAAGAUAAGACUAUAAAAGGCUCUUGCUUUCUUCUUAUUAAUAGGUAUAUGAGCUGUGUCAGAUAGAAAUCGACCUAAUGCAAGUGCACAUAUACAUGUACAUGGAUAAGACUUUGAUUGAUUUUGGAACAAUCAAAUAUGAGAUAAAAGAGGAAUUUUGGUCUCUUUUGUAGGGUUCUUAUAUCAACUCAAUUUUCAAACAGUUACAUAUUGUGCAUAGAGAUUUUUCAACCCGAAAUAGGUUCACUGAUGUAUUGAUAUUCAUUUGCAUAAGGUCGAUUUCUAUUCGAUGCAGCUCAUAUAAUUUGUUACGUCAUCAAAAUGAAUUAGCUAUUUGUGCGGUAAUGGAAAUGAUAUGAAUUAAGUGUUUUAUAAAUUGUAGAUCUAAUGUAUAUUGAUUUAACUAAACAUGUACAUGUAACAAAAUUUAAAAAGCAAAAUAAGACCCUAAUCACUCAUACCUCAUUCAUGUCUACCCUAUGUGUUUUAACCUCAUUAUAUGUUGUUUGUUAAAGGUCUGUAUUGCAUGCUUUUAAAAAUUGAUGUUAAAAAUUAAAAGUUUGCUCAAAAUUUGAGAUGAAAAGUUUUUAAAUAGUAUAUAUAUUUAUUGGUUAACAUUCCUAUGAAAAGCACUGUGAUAGUUUUCCCAACCUUUUCAUGUUGAUUUCUAUAUUUACACUUAGCAGACGUCAUAGCAGUUGUUAUUAUAAGUAAUUCUGACACUUUAUUUUCAUAGAAAGUAUUUUUUGUUCGUAAGUUCAAAAUAGAUUGUUUUUCCUAAAUGAAGAAAUCAUGAAUAAUGUAUAGUGUAUGUUAAAAAUUGACAUUUCAUUGGAUUUCAUAUUGUUUGCCAUUUAUUUAAAAACUUUGUAUGUAUAUAUAUGUAAAUGGUGUGAAUUAAUUAUAAUUUUGUCUGCAAGUUGUUUGUAUGAAGUGAUAUUUUUGUCUUGAAUAAUCAUUACUUUUUCUUGGGUGGUGAAAUUAUGAGGAUAUUGAAUUAAGAGUAAGAAAUUUUUUUUAUAAAAAUAAAUUGAAAGAAAAUCUGUUUUUAUCAUGAAUUGCAUAACUUUAUGUAUAGUUUUAACUUUAUUUAAUUAUAGGAGUUAUUUUAAAAACUAGAUAUUAAAAAAUUGUUCAAAUUUUGCAAUUAUAUAAACUGUAUCUGUCAACUGUGUAUAAUCAAUUAAAAUUUAAUCCAUUCAAAUCAUUCAGUUAUUAUACUAUGCUCAUGUAAAAUAAAUAUUGAUAUCUAGUUAUUUCAACAGCUUGUCUGUGUAACAAAAAACUAUUUAACUGUGUACUUAAUGAUCUUUAAUAUAUCUAAUCUUUGUAUUUAUUGUAUACCAAAGAAUUCAUUUUUUCUGCUAUUCUUCAUUUAAGAUUAUCCCUAUUUAUAUAAGUUUAAGAAAUAUCUCCACACAAAUAAGGUAAUAAUAACAGAUAUGGAAACAGAUAAGCAAGGAUGUGUCAUCAUAACACAUAGAUUUAUUUAUAGACAAUUGUCUUCUGUUGAAGACACUAAGUUGAGAAAUAGAUAUCUUGGUUUUAUUGUGUUGUUGGAUUCCUGUCUCAUUUAUUGUAUGCACCACAUCUCCUUUGAUUUAAAUAUAGUAAUGAUAAAUUUUAAGCAGUUUAUUAUCCUAAAGUUGAUGAUUUCUGUUCAGUUUUAUAGAUUCUCAUGAAAUUAAUGACGAAAAAAGUGGAAGUAGAGUAAAUGUAUGGUGGGUUGAAACCACUAUCACCUGAUGAUGAUUAAAAAUAGAGAAAAAAAAUCCUCAUGACAAGGGAGAUUCCUGGUAUACAUGCAUGUCAGUGAGAAAGCAAUUCAGCAACACAAAAAGAGGGGGGGGGGGAGACCCCUUUCUUGAAUGUAGAUUGGUUAGUGAUAUUUUUAAUGGAUUUUAUCCUGAAUUAUUGUGUGUGAUAUAGCUAUGUAAAUUCAUUAUUUCUCAAUUCAUCAUUAAAUGUAUAGGUUGUUAUAACUAUGUCAGUUAGGUUAUCAUUCUUUUGACAAAUAUGUCUUCAUUUACAUGAAUUUGAAAUUAAGGUAUAAGAAUAAAGGUGCAUGUAAAAAAAUACAUCAAUUUGAUUUCUGAAAAGAUAUGAUAUAUUUUGAAAAAAAACAGCAUUGUGUAUGAAACUAUGGCCAUAUGUAAAUAAUGUGUUCAAAUGGUAUUACAGUAGGUCACAGUUUACUGAACAUAUCAGUGGAAAAAACAAUGUGAUAUCAAAUAAAUCUGGGGAAAAACUUG